CCUUAUCGCACAUCUGAGAAUCCACACAGGGGAGACGCCCUACACGUGCUCUGAGUGCGGAAAAAGCUUCAGGUGGCGCUUUCACCUUAUCAUACAUCAGAGAAUCCACACAGGGGAGAUGCCCUACAUGUGCUCUGAGUGCGGGAAAAGCUUCAAUUACAGCUCAAACUUUAUUAGACAUCAGAGAAUCCACUUGGAAGAGAGACACUACAUGUGCCAUGAGUGCGGGAAAAGCUUCAAUUGGAGCUCUGCCCUUAUCAGACAUCGGAGAAUCCACACAGGGGAGACGCCCUACACGUGCUCUGAGUGCGGGAAAAGCUUCAAUCGGAGCUUUCACCUUAUCAGACAUGAGAGAAUCCACACAGGGGAGACGCCCUACACAUGCGCUGAGUGCGGGAAAAGCUUCAGUCAGAACUCGGACCUUAUCAGACAUCAGAGAAUCCACACAGGGGAGAUGCCCUACACAUGCGCUGAGUGCGGGAAAAGCUUCAAUCGGAGCUCUGCCCUUAUCAGACAUCAGAGAAUCCACACAGGGGAGACGCCCUACACGUGCUCUGAGUGCGGGAAAAGCUUCAAUCGGAGCUCAGACCUUAUCAGACAUCAGAGAAUCCACACAGGGGAGACGCCCUACACGUGCGCUGAGUGCGGGAAAAGCUUCAAUCGGAGCUCUGCCCUUAUCAGACAUCAGAGAAUCCACACAGGGGAGACGCCCUACACAUGCGCUGAGUGCGGGAAAAGCUUCAAUCGGAGCUCUGCCCUUAUCAGACAUCAGAGAAUCCACACAGGGGAGACGCCCUACACGUGCUCUGAGUGCGGGAAAAGCUUCAAUCAGAGCUCAGACCUUAUCAGACAUCAGAGAAUCCACACAGGGGAGACGCCCUACAUGUGCUCUGAGUGCGGGAAAAGCUUCAAUCGGAGCUCAGACCUUAUCAGACAUCAGAGAAUCCACACAGGGGAGACGCCCUACACAUGCUCUGAGUGCGGGAAAAGCUUCAAUCAGAGCUCUCUCCUUAUCAGACAUCAGAAAAUCCACAUGAGAGAGAACUGUAAGGCUCAUCAGCGCUGGCCAGUCGAUGCAGCCUCAGCCCGGCACCACGGUGCGGGUUAUCAAUCCAUCGGCAAGCUGGCUGAUAAGGCCUCCUUCCGUCAGUCCACGGAGGCGUCUUUCCAGGUCGCGGUCUCGGAGGCGUUCCCGCUCCUGCCGUUCCCGAUUCGGCACGCUCGCGAUCGGCACCGCUCUCCAUCGCAGUACCGGUGUGCUCGCGGAGACUUUCAAGAUCUCUGUCACGGACAGAUACUCCUGAUACCGAUCCGGCUCUUGGUACCGAUCUCAGUACCGUCGUCCGCAGUCACUCCGGCACAGGGACUCAAGAUCCAGUCGACCUCCGGCACCGACAUGAGAAUCCACACAGGGGAGACGCCCUACACGUGCUCUGAGUGCGGGAAAAGCUUCAAUCGGAGCUUUCACCUUAUCAGACAUGAGAGAAUCCACACAGGGGAGACGCCCUACACAUGCGCUGAGUGCGGGAAAAGCUUCAGUCAGAACUCGGACCUUAUCAGACAUCAGAGAAUCCACACAGGGGAGAUGCCCUACACAUGCGCUGAGUGCGGGAAAAGCUUCAAUCGGAGCUCUGCCCUUAUCAGACAUCAGAGAAUCCACACAGGGGAGACGCCCUACACGUGCUCUGAGUGCGGGAAAAGCUUCAAUCAGAGCUCAGACCUUAUCAGACAUCAGAGAAUCCACACAGGGGAGACGCCCUACACGUGCGCUGAGUGCGGGAAAAGCUUCAAUCGGAGCUCUGCCCUUAUCAGACAUCAGAGAAUCCACACAGGGGAGACGCCCUACACAUGCGCUGAGUGCGGGAAAAGCUUCAAUCGGAGCUCUGCCCUUAUCAGACAUCAGAGAAUCCACACAGGGGAGACGCCCUACACGUGCUCUGAGUGCGGGAAAAGCUUCAAUCAGAGCUCAGACCUUAUCAGACAUCAGAGAAUCCACACAGGGGAGACGCCCUACAUGUGCUCUGAGUGCGGGAAAAGCUUCAAUCUGAGCUCAGACCUUAUCAGACAUCAGAGAAUCCACACAGGGGAGACGCCCUACACAUGCUCUGAGUGCGGGAAAAGCUUCAAUCAGAGCUCUCUCCUUAUCAGACAUCAUCGAAUCCACACAGGAGAAGCGCCCCACACAUGCUCUGAGUGCGAGAAAAGCUUUAGUCGGAGCUCACACCUUAUCACACAUCAGAGAAUCCACACAGGGGAGAAGCCCUACACAUGCUCUGAGUGUGGGAAAAGCUUUAGUGGGAGCUCUGCCCUUAUCAGACAUCGUAGAAUCCACACAGGAGAGAAGCCGUACACAUGCUCUGAGUGUGGGAAAAGCUUCAGUCGGUGCUCAGACCUUCUCACACAUCAGAGAAUCCACACAGGGGAGAAGCCCUACACAUGCUCUGAGUGUGGGAAAAGGUUCAAUCAGCGCUCAAACCUUCUCACACAUCAGAGAAUCCACACGGGAGAGAUGCCUUACACGUGCUCUGAGUGUGGGAAAAGCUUUAGUGGGAGCUCUGCCCUUAUCAGACAUCGUAGAAUCCACACAGGAGAGAAGCCGUACACAUGCUCUGAGUGUGGGAAAAGCUUCAGUCGGUGCUCAGACCUUCUCACACAUCAGAGAAUCCACACAGGGGAGAAGCCCUACACAUGCUCUGAGUGUGGGAAAAGGUUCAAUCAGCGCUCAAACCUUCUCACACAUCAGAGAAUCCACACGGGAGAGACGCCCUACACAUGCUCUAGGUGCGGGAAAAGCUUCGGGCGGAGCUCUCACCUUAUCGUACAUCAGAGAAACCACACAGGGGAGAAGCCCUACACGUGCUCUGAGUGCGGGAAAAGCUACAAUCAGCGCUCAACCCUUUCUGUACAUCAGAGAAUCCACACAGGGGAAAGGCCCUAUGAAUGCACUGAGUGCGGGAAAACCUUCAAUCGCAGUUCGCACCUUAUUAGGCAUCAAACA